UGCACUCGCGCGUUCAAGUAUUUGUACCCACAUGCUCGCUGAGCUCAGUCAGCGUUUGACUCAGUAGUGGCAGAAGGGAUCCUGGAUUUCCACUUGUUAGUAAACUCCACGAUACCGAAAUCAAGUGCAUCCCUUCAGCCAACAUGUCAAAGUUGGAUCAGAUCCUUAUCCUCGACCCUCCGUCUGACCUCAGAUUUAAAGGCCCUUUUACAGAUGUAGUCACCACCAACCUCAAACUGAGGAACCCUUCUGACAGAAGAGUGUGUUUCAAAGUGAAAACGACAGCGCCACGUAGGUACUGCGUACGGCCAAACAGCGGCGUCAUCGAUCCUGGAUCAAGUGUCACCAUCUCUGUCAUGCUACAGCCCUUUGACUAUGACCCCAAUGAGAAAAGUAAACACAAAUUCAUGGUGCAGACGAUUUUCGCCCCGCCAAACGUCACCGACAUGGAAUCAUUGUGGAAAGAUGCAAAGCCAGAUGAUCUCAUGGACUCCAAGCUGAGAUGCGUCUUUGAGCUGCCAUCUGAAAAUGAUAAAGUGAAUGACGUGGAGGCGACCCGAGCCGCCCCCGUGAUGAACUCUGUGAAGGUGGAGUCGUCGGCAGCCGCGGUGCCUGUCGCUGCCGGAGCGGACGACGCGGAGAUGAAGAAAGUGGUGGAGAAGUGCAAGAGACUGCAAGCUGAGAUGAACAAGCUGAGUGAGGAGAACCGGCAAUUAAAGGAGGAAGGUUUGAGAAUGAGAAAGAUGCCCCGCUCAGACCACAUGACACCAAACUCGACCAGCCUGCUCGGUCGGGAAGCCAGCGCCGCCUCCCUACCAUCCCUCCUCGUUGUCAUAGCAGCCAUCUUCAUCGGAUUUUUCAUAGGGAAGUUCAUCUUGUAGACUGGGAGAAGCAUGCCAGCCGUAUCCCACGCCUCGGCUCUGGAAUUUAAAAAAAAAAAGAAAAAAAAAAAAAAGAAAAGAAAAAGGCCUGGAAAAACCGAGAAGUCUUUCUGUUGACUUUUGCCAUAUCAUUGGUAGUGUGGCCUACAGUGAACACAUCUGUACAGUAUCAUUUGAAGGCGCCGCCUUUUUACAAUCUCACACAGUUAGUAUGCACAGAGUUGAGUGAGGAAAGGCGACAAAAAGCGAUUGCUCCCCCCCCCCUUCUUCUUUGUUUUGUUUUUUUUCUUUGCCUGUAUAA